CAUUUUGGAUUAAGACUGUUCUCCCGCCCUAUCGUGGACGUCUGGUGCACGUCUGCCGGUUAUGGCAACAAGAGUGGCUCAUACCAAGGAGACACAACACCACCACCACCACCACCACCCGCAGGAGAAGCCGUUGAUCCAGUGCUACAAGUGUGGAGAGCUAUGCAAGGGAGAGGUACUGAGGGUGCAGUCACGCCACUUCCACAUCAAGUGCUUCACCUGUAAAGUGUGUGGCUGUGACCUGGCCCAGGGUGGCUUCUUUGUGAAGAAUGGAGACUACCUGUGCACGCUGGACUACCAGCGCAUCCAUGGCACGCGCUGCAACGGCUGCGGAGACUUCGUGGAGGGAGAGGUGGUCACGGCCCUGGGCAAGACCUACCACCCCAACUGCUUCGUCUGCACCAUCUGCAAACGACCGUUUCCUGCCGGGGACAGAGUCACCUUCAAUGGAAAGGACUGCCUAUGUCAGAACUGUGUCACCCCUAUGUCGCCUGGACCCAAGGACUUCACAGGAUCCAAUGGGUGUGCUGGCUGUGGUCGAGACAUAAAGAAUGGCCAGGCCCUGCUGGCGCUCGACAGCCAGUGGCACCUGGGCUGCUUCAAGUGCAAGACCUGCGGCAAAGUACUCACCGGAGAGUACAUCAGCAAAGAUGGCGCCCCCUACUGUGAAAAAGAUUACCAGUUUCACUUUGGCGUGCGCUGUGAGGCGUGUCAGCAGUUCAUCACUGGAAAGGUCUUAGAGGCCGGUGACAAGCAUUACCACCCCAGCUGUGCAAGAUGCAGUCGGUGCAACCAGAUGUUUACAGAGGGGGAGGAGAUGUACCUGCAAGGAUCAACGGUCUGGCACCCAAGCUGUAAGAACUCUACGCGAACAGAAGAGAGGCAGAGGCCGACACGCUCGUCCUCCGAGAGUAUUUGUUCCCGACCUGCUUCAAGCCUACCGAGCUCACCGGGUCACACCAUCUAUGCAAAAGUAGACAAUGAGAUCCUGGAUUACCGGGACCUAGCAGCCAUUCCUAAAGUCAAAGCCAUUUAUGACAUUGAGCGCCCAGAUCUCAUUAACUAUGAACCCACUUACACCACCAACCUGGAAGAGAGUCAGGAGGGCCUGGAGAGCGUGGGAGAGCUACAGUCCUCCAGAAGGGAUCGCUCCCCCAUGCCUGACGACUUAAGAUCAUCCAGAACGAUGUCCCCCACACCGUCUGCAGAGAGUUAUUAUGACCUGAGGGAGCGUAUCAUCCAGAGGUCCACUAGUCAGGGCUCCAUCGGUUCUCCAGUCUUCAACCGCCACUGCUACACGCCAACACUGUUGCGCUCGCCGCAACAUUUCCAUCGACCUGAUCAGGGGAUCAAUAUUUACAGGAAACCUCCCAUCUACAAACAACACGAUUCAGAGGUCUUUGCAACCCAAAGCAAGUCUGCUGACGACAUCAUCAAAUGGGCUAAGUUCCCCUCCGCCUUGGCUCCCACCCUGGACGACACCGGUACAAUAGCCAAAGACCCCGCAGAGCACUGGCCAUGGCCGGCGCCCCCUGCUGCUGCCAUAGGCUCAGAAGGAAGGCGGAGGUCGAGAGAGGAGGAAGAGGAAGAACUUCAAAAACGCAGACAGAUACAGGAAGAGCAACUGACCAGGAUCCAGUCGGGGCUGGGGAAGAUGAUCCUGAAGGAGGAGAAGGAGAAUGAGAUGAAGCGUGCACGCAGCCUCUCUGCCCAGCGCUAUGAGCCCCACAAGGGCAGCUGCAACUCCGAUCUAAACUCCCCAUCCAAAACUGGAUCGCUGCCAGGAUAUGGCCGUAACGGACUCCAUCGGCCUCAGUCCACCGAUUUCACACAUUAUAACAGCUACAGGGAUGUAAGCGGCACCAGAGAGUUUCAGCUUUUGCAGGACGGCCAUACUCCUGUGUCAAGGAUGGACAGGGGAGUGUCAAUGCCUAAUAUGUUGGAGCCAAAAGUUUAUCCGUAUGAAACGCUCAUCAUUAGCAGCAGAGGGCGCUCUCGCCUGCCACGAGAUGUGGACAGAACACGGCUUGAGCGCUAUCUGGCUCCAGAGGCGUUUGCUGACCUCUUUGGGAUGGAGAUACAGGAGUUUGACCGCUUGCCGUUGUGGAAACGCAACGACAUGAAGAAGAAAGCCAGGCUCUUCUGAGACGCCGUCAUGUCCCCCAUACACUACACUCAUGUUUAAACCUCAUCAUGCCAAUCAUCGCUCAUGUAAAAUAGCCAUUAGCCAUGCCACUCGCUACAGUAGCCUACCUUGUGUUGCUAUCUUCAAUGACCAUUUCAAGAAGAUAAGAAGAAAACAAAAUGUCUUAAACCGUUUGGCUUCCAGAAUGUAUCACCAUUAAAAAAUAAAACAAAACAAAACAAACAAAAAAAGAUUUUGAAAGGUAUAAAGGAAAAAAAAAUAUUUUGACUAAUGUUGGAGAGAAUGCAAUGACAAUGUUAUUUUUUAAAGCACACUAUUUUUUGUCGUCUUCAGAAUGGAAUUGCUUCAUGCUUUAUGUUUCUGCGUGGUGUUGUUUCUUUUUUUCUUUGCUCUUGCUAUCUUUGUGAAACUCUUUUUUUUGUGGAAUGUUUAGCUGAAGGAAGACUGCAAUGCGUAUCCUGGCAACAAGAUGCUGGUGUGUGUUUACAUAGAGAGAGGUGGAAGCAAGGGGCCGUUUGCGAUUCCCCUACUCCCCCCACUUAAUUAAUGCCGAAACCUGUGAUUCUUGGUUUUUAUUUUAUUUUGCAUAAAGGGGCAAGCUAGUCCAGAAAAUGCUGUCUCUUCUCCUAGAUGUCUAUCCCCAGGUUUGAGGGUUUUGCAUCUCAACGGCAAAAAAUGUAGUUCCAACGCCUUACGUAUCCACAAAGGAAAGUAAACACUUACCUACUUAUUCCUCACACCCUUUGUUUUUUGGGUCCGUCUGAGAAAUAGAGUUAGUUGAGUCACCAAGUUUUUUAUGUUGGUCAACAGCCUGCGAAGCUUUUAUUUGAUAUGUCUCACAGCUAUGGUCACCUUUACACAAAUGACACCGACCUUUAACCCAAAGAUAUUGCCCCCCCCCCCCUCCAUGUUAAACACCCAGGUCACUGCUCUUUUUGCAGGUUUUUGGUGCAACUGCACACUUAAUCUCAGUAGCAUUAGCCUUUCUCCAACGAGUUCAUGAAUGCAUACCAAAAAAAGACAGCGCAAAAUAAUUUUAAAAAAGAAAAAGAAAUAAUUAUUGUUGGAAAUAUUAGUAUCUGACUUUUUUAAUCAAUGAAACCCACACUGCCAUUUGUUGUACUGUACUUCUGAGAUAUGGUCACUAUGUUGAGUGAGCUCCUUAGCUACACCAAAGGCAUG